UUCGCUACUUUGACGCCGCUCGAACCGCGCCUGGUUCGGAAGCUGCUACCGCCAUUGACCAACCUUAUCCGGACCACUCCAGCAAUGUCUCUUCUGUACGAGUGCAUCAAUGGCAUCAUCCAAGGCGGUUUCCUCGGGAGCGGUGAGGACUUCUCGGCAAGGGAGGAGGUAGCAUCCCUGUGUGUCUCGAAGUUGCGGGGCAUGGUGUCCACCAACAGCGAUCCAAAUCUGAAAUAUGUGGCUCUCCUAGCGUUCAACCGGAUCGUUGUUACUCACCCCUUCCUGGUUGCGCAGCAGGAGGAUGUGAUUCUGGAGUGCAUCGACAGCGAGGACAUCACCAUCAGGAUCAAGGCUCUCGAUCUGGUGCAGGGCAUGGUCAGCAGCGACAACCUGGUGUCUAUUGUCAGCCGCCUGAUGAGACAGCUGAGGGCGUCUUCCGCCGCAGCCAGUCAACAACAGAACGGCCCGGAUACCCAGGAUCAAGAAAGCGAUUCGAGUGACGAGAGAGGCGGGAAUGCUGGAAGGCGUCGCAAACCGCUGGGACGGGCUCCUCCUCUCCCAGACGACUACACUGUCGACGUCAUUGGCAGGAUAUUGAGGAUGUGCUCACAGGACAAUUACGCCAACAUGGUCGACUUCGAUUGGUAUCUCGACGUUCUAGCCCAGCUCAUCCGAAUCGCACCCCCUCCGCGGACGAAGGACUUGGAUGCCGAUGCAUCUGCGCCGAGCCAGGCCGGCGACAUUUCAGAGAAGAUCGGCAAUGAGCUGAGGAACGUGGCCGUGAAGGUCAAGGCUAUCAGGGCCGCUGCUGUAAGGACAGCGGAACUUGCCAUAUCCCGCAUGAGCACAGAAGCGUCGCCGACACGACCAGUUCGCGCGGGGGCGCUCAAGCCCGUUGCUUGGGUAGUUGGCGAAUAUGCCUCGCAGCUACUAUCGCCCGACGACACGCUGCGGCAUUUACUGGAUCUUCUUCCGCGAAUUGAGCACCCGGAAUGCCUCGCAACAAUCUUACAAGCCGUGAUGAAGCUGUUUGCCUGCGUUACGGGAGACGAUAGAGCUCCUUGGACACCAGAAAGGAAGUCGAGCGUUACCCUACUAAUGGCGCGCGUCAUCCACGUGUUGGAACCGUUCGCGUCGCAUCCCUACCUGGAAGUCCAGGAGCGCGCUGUUGAGUUCGUUGAACUGCUGAAGCUCACCGCCGAAGCAGCCGCCGGGCAGCCCCCCUCGACAGACGAGGUUCAGCAGGACCCGCCAUUGCUGCUCACGCAAGCGAUCCCGUCGCUCUUUGCCGGAUGGGAGCUCAAUUCGGUCGCUGUCGGGACGCAGCAAAACGUUCCAGUCCCCGAUGACCUCGACCUCGACGAGCCCAUCCAUCCGGAUCUCAACAGGUUGCUGUCACAGGCCGACUCGUUGAUGCUGCCGGCGCAAGGCGACGACGAAUUCGAAGCAUACUACAACCAGAAACCCGCCGCCACGAGCAUUGCCAGCGAACCGGCAAUCAACCGGCUCAUGGACGGGCCGGAUGAAGUGCCAACCGGCUCAUACCAACAGUCCGAAGAGAGCUACCUCGAUCCAGACAUCAUCGCCAGGAGGAAAGCAGAGCGCAUGGAGCGGUAUCGGGACGACCCCUUCUACAUUCCCGACUCCACUGCAUCCGGUGGCAGAUCGACCCCGAUCCACAACAUCCUCCAGAAGGAGAACGGCCCCGAUCUCGACAUAGAUUCCAUUCCCAUCAUGAAACUGGAGCUGCUGAAUCCCUCGGACAGCGCCAGCCCAGCCGAGAAACAGUCAGCUCAACAACAGCAACAACUCAAACCCAAGCCCCGUCAACGGGUCGUCGUAGCACCGGACGAGACCCUCGGUUUCGGCUCCAGCGGAAGCGGUCUGUCAACGCCGCGAGCCUACGACUCAGACAACAACAACAACAUCAACAACGCUAAGGCCAGGAAAGUCAAACAACAGUCUCUCUUGCAGAUCACUUCCAGCCAACUCGACGAUCUCAGUCUCGAGGAGGGCGGGCCCGCAGGUGGCGACGUCAGGCUAGCGCACGAGCGGCAGCAGCGCGAGGAGGCGGAGAUGGCACAGGCGCUGAGGGAGGUGCAGCGGUUGAGGCUGGAGAUGCAGCGGGCGAACGAGAGGAUACAGGUGGCGCAAGGAGUCCCGGCGGAGGGGGUCGUCGUGAAGAAGAAGAAGACGAAGAAGAAGGGAACGGGGACGGGAACGGGAACGGGGAAGGAGGCGAAAGUCGACGAAAAGGGGGAUGGCGGGGAGGAGGCGGUGGUGAAGGCCAAGAAGAAGAAGAAGAAGGAGAAGGCGAAGUCUGGGGUGGAAGGAGAAGAAGUUGGAGAGGCGCCAGCCUCGGUGGGGGAGGGGGAGCCGGUUGUCAAGGCCAAGAAGAAAAAGAAGGCUACGAGGGUAGUAAGAUUGGACGAAGGGGAGGGAGCUGCUGCCGGUGGUGGUGGUGGCGGCGACGGCGGCGGCGGUGAAGGGUAGAGGGGGAGAAGGGGUUGAUGAGGCGGUACGGGGCUCGAAUCACAACAAUGCGUAGAAUCAAAGGAGCAAUAUGCACCCAAGUCAAGGUUGACACAGUCGUCGUUCUGGUUUCUGCGGGCUGCUCGGGCUUAGGCUAGGGCAGCCUGGGAAUCGACUA